UCCUAAAUGAGAGCGGGCAGGUCAGGGCAGUCUGAGGAAAGAUGGCUGCGCUGAGGGCACUGCUGAGGAUCCGGGCUCCGGCUGGAUGGAGGGGGAUGGUGGGCAGACAGGCUACUCGCCCCCUCAGUGAAUUCACAUCUCUGGAGGAAAAGCCGCAGUUCCCGGGAGCCUCAGCUGUGUUUAUGGACUCUCUGGAGUUUAUCCAGCCCAAUGUCAUCUCUGGGAUUCCGGUGUAUCGGGUGAUGGACCGUCAGGGGCAGAUUCUCAACGCCAGUGAAGACCCCAAUAUCCCUAAGGAGCAAGUACUUAAGUUCUACCACACUAUGACCCUACUUAACACUAUGGAUAGGAUCCUCUAUGAGUCUCAAAGACAGGGAAGAAUUUCAUUCUACAUGACAAAUUAUGGCGAGGAGGGAACACAUGUGGGAAGUGCAGCAGCUCUUGAUGACACAGACUUGGUAUUUGGACAGUAUCGAGAGGCAGGAGUCCUGAUGUACAGGGGCUAUCCUUUGGAUCUUUUCAUGGCACAGUGUUAUGCUAAUGCCUUAGACACUGGCAAGGGGCGACAAAUGCCUGUACAUUAUGGCUGUAAAGAACGGAAUUUUGUUACCAUCUCUUCUCCAUUAGCAACACAGAUACCACAAGCCGUGGGUGCAGCGUAUGCCAUAAAACGUGAAAAUGUAGAUCGUGCCGUCAUUUGUUACUUCGGGGAAGGUGCGGCAAGUGAAGGAGACGCCCAUGCUGCAUUUAACUUUGCUGCCACGUUGGAGUGUCCAGUGAUCUUCUUCUGUAGGAAUAAUGGAUACGCCAUAUCCACCCCGACCUCUGAGCAGUACCGCGGGGACGGCAUUGCUGCCCGAGGACCUGGUUAUGGAAUCAUGUCUAUUCGAGUGGACGGAAAUGAUGUCUUCGCAGUGUACAAUGCGACCAAAGAGGCAAGGCGCAGAGCAGUUGCAGAGAACCAGCCGUUCCUCAUAGAGGCUAUGACUUACAGGAUCGGACAUCACAGCACCAGCGAUGACAGUUCUGCCUACCGGUCAGUGGAUGAAGUCAACUACUGGGACAAACAGGAUCACCCCAUUUCUCGGCUUCGUCAUUACAUGGCACACAAGGGCUGGUGGGAUGAGGAUCAGGAGAAAAUAUGGAGGAAAAAGUCCCGCAAACUGGUGAUGGAAUCUUUUGAAGAGGCUGAACGCAAACGUAAGCCCAAACUCGAGCACCUUUUCAGUGAUGUCUAUGCUGAGAUGCCACAACAUAUAAAAAAACAGGAAGAGUCCCUGGCGAAACAUCUGAAGUUGUAUGGGGAGCAUUACCCUCUGGACAGCUAUGAGAAGUAACCGGAUCAUAGACAUAUCUGUAUAAUUACUGUUACAAUAAGAUUUCUGUUGGUAGCACAACACUCCGGACCAUGUCACCUCCUCAGGGCUCCCCAUUCCACCUGUUCAUUUUUAUGGAAAUUGUAUAUAUAGGUACAUGGGGUGUGGACUGCUUUUAAUAUAAUUGGGUAUUUGGAGGUGGAGAGACUCCGAGCCGUGUCUGACAGUUGGAGAGAGAAGACCUGCUGCUCUGUGUAACCCAUUGUACUGAAGAACUAAUGGUGGAGGUGAAGUACUAAUAUCUAACGGUGGAGGAACUGUAAGAACGUUGCUGUGAAUAAAUGUCUUACAGUGCU